AUGGCGACUAGUUUGACAAAUUCGGCACCUACAGAGUCCCAGAAAUUCCUCUCCACAAGAGGAGGUGAUUAUGGGCUCUCAUUCGAAACCGUCGUGUUGAAAGGUCUUGCAGCCGAUGGGGGACUAUUUUUGCCCCAUGAAGUGCCGAUUCCAAAUGACUGGGCGAGCUGGAAAGAUCUCUCAUACCCCGAUCUUGCUUUCCAGGUCAUGCGCCUGUACAUUUCAAGCUCCGAGAUUCCGGACAACGACCUGAAGUCCAUCAUUGACCGAAGCUACUCCACGUUCCGUGCGGAAGACGUCACCCCUCUAGUGAAACUCCAGGACAACGUGCACCUGCUUGAACUUUUCCAUGGCCCCAGCUACUCCUUCAAAGAUUGUGCAUUGCAGUUCCUUGGAAACCUUUUCGAAUACCUUCUCACGCGCAAGAACCAGGGAAAGGAGGGCAGGGAUAGGCAUCACCUCACUGUUGUUGGAGCAACAAGUGGCGAUACCGGGUCUGCAGCGAUUUACGGUCUGCGGGGCAAGAAAGAUGUGUCCGUGGUCAUUUUGCAUCCGAAGGGACGCGUCAGUCCUAUCCAGGAGGCCCAGAUGACUACCUGCACGGAUAGGAAUGUGCACAACCUUGCCCUAGAUGGCACCUUCGACGAUUGCCAGGAUAUAGUUAAGGCUCUGUUCAGCGAUGCUGAUACGAACGAAACUCUCCAGCUGGGCGCGGUGAACUCUAUCAACUUCUCAAGAAUCCUGGCCCAGAUAGUCUUCUACUUCUAUUCUUAUUUCGCACUCGCGAGGAAGUCCUCCUCAUUCAAUGUUGGGGAUAAGGUCCGUUUUGUCACACCAACUGGCAACUUCGGAAACAUCCUGGCGGGAUAUUUCGCGACCAGAAUGGGUCUCCCAGUUGAGAAGCUGGUUGUGGCAACGAAUGAGAAUGACAUUUUGCACCGAUUCUGGGAAACUGGCCGCUAUGAGAAGGAGCCUGUGCAACAUGGAGGCAAGGCCGAGGCUUGCAAGGAGACCUACAGUCCUGCAAUGGACAUCCUGGUCUCUAGCAACUUUGAGAGAGUUAUGUGGUUCUUGGCAAAUGAUUCCGCGCUCUCCGCCGGAGCGGACGAAAAGGCCAGCAAAGCACAAGCUGCGAAGGACGUCUUGGGCUGGUAUCAGUCACUCAAAUCAACCGGUGGUUUCGGACCGGUACCAAAAGAUAUCAUGGAAAAUGGCCGCCGCACCUUUGAGAGCGACCGCGUGAGCGAUUCCGAAACGCUCGAGACCAUCAAGACCUUGUAUCAGCAGUCCAAAUACAUUCUUGAUCCUCAUACAGCGGUGGGCAUCGCCGCGACACAGCGGUCGAUGGCUCGGGCACCCCGUACGCAGCAUAUCUCGCUAUCGACCGCCCACCCUGCCAAAUUCUCAGAGGUAGUUACGCUAGCGCUGAAGGACGAGGCAGGGUUCGACUUCGAAAAUCAAGUGCUCCCUCAGGAACUGAAGGACCUUUCCGAAAAGGAAGCGCGCGUGACCGAAGUCACCAAUUCAUGGAAAGAAGUGAGGGAGAUUGUGAAGCGCCUCGCCGAGGAGGACCUAAAGGCCGAAGCAAGCAAUUGA